AUGCUGAGAACAUUAUAUAAUUUUACUAAUACUGGUAGAAGAAGAAAGAACCUAUGGAUAAACUUAGUACAAAGAUGCUCAACAGGAACUGACAGUAUGAUUGAAAAUAACGAAAUACUGUUUGCAGAAAAUGAACAUCAAAUUUUAAAGAUAGUAAAUGAAAGUAACUUAAAACAAUUAACAAACUAUAUUGAACAGUCAUAUGCUCAAACAAUAAUAUUGCACCGCAUUACAAAUGGAUCUUAUAAAUCAUUAAGUGAUUUGACAUGCAUAAAGGACAUGGAAUCUGAUAUUUUAAACAAAUUUUUGAUAUCAGUCACUAAUCAUGAUAUAAAACAUUUACAAUGCAGUAGAUCUGUGUUAAUACCCAAUACAAAAAUAACAAAAAUACCAAAUGAAAUAAUGGGUUUGCAUAUUGGACCUACUGCAAUAUGUUGGGCAUUAGUAACUUCUGAUUUUAAAGUACUACAUUUAGGCUGCCAUAUUUGGAAUGAUAAUCAUAAAAAAUUCAGUAGUUAUGAUCUGAUCCAUUUGGCAUCAUCUGUUGCACAUAUGUUACCUCUGAGCUCUUCUCAUGUAAUUGAAGAAAUUCCAGUUUUAAAAAGGGUACCACAAAGUACAUAUUAUAUUCCACAACAGUUGACGACUGCUAUCAUGAGUUCUAUUAUAAUAAUGAACAAUUCAAAAAAUGAUGACUCAUCGGGAUUGAAAUAUAAUUUAUAUGUGUUAAAACCACAAACAUCAGCACACUUCUUCAACCUUGUGGUUGGUAAGGAAGUAGUAGCAUCAAAAUAUAUUAUACAAAGAAUAUUUGAUCAGUCUAACAUUGAUAAUAAACAAUUCCAAUAUAUACAUAUAAGUGAUGAAUUACGAGAAUACUUUUUAAUGGAAAUGCCUGAACAGCAAGAACAAUUAGGAUGGUCCCUGCUGAAAGCUUUAACUUGUACGCAUCUACUUAAAUCGUUCAUGGCAAGGCAGAAGAAAAAUGCUUAA